AGCAGUUCAGCCCGGCGGUCUCGCACAGCAUUGUGGGUAAUGGGCUUAGCAGCCGCCCCCCUCCCUCCACACGCACUCCGCUCUCUGCCGGAUCCAGAGCCGCCCCGAACUCCCAGGACCGGGCUGGGACCGCAGCGGGUCGCCGAGGCUGUGAGACAGAGCGGGCGCGAGUGCAGUGCGGGGUCCGGGGUUCGAGGUCCGAGGCACGAGGCACCAUGAGCGUGAACGAGCACUCCCUGCAGGCGCUCUCCUGGAGGAAGCUCUACCUGAGCCGCGCCAAGCUGAAGGCGUCGAGCCGCACGUCGGCGCUGCUCUCCGGCUUCGCCAUGGUGGCCAUGGUGGAGGUCCAGCUGGAGGCCGACCACAACUACCCCCCGGGGCUGCUGAUCGCCUUCAGCGCGUGCACCACGGUGCUGGUGGCCGUGCAUCUCUUCGCCCUCAUGAUCAGCACCUGCAUCCUGCCCAACAUCGAAGCCGUGAGCAACGUGCACAACCUGAACUCGGUGAAGGAGUCGCCGCACGAGCGCAUGCACCGCCACAUCGAGCUCGCCUGGGCCUUCUCCACCGUCAUCGGCACGCUGCUCUUCCUGGCCGAGGUGGUCCUGCUCUGCUGGGUCAAGUUCCUGCCCGUGAAGCCGCAGUCCGGCUCCGGCAACGGCACCAUCAGCGCCGGCGAGGCGGCCGCCAUCGCCUCCACGUCCAUCAUGGUGCCGUUCGGCCUGGUCUUCAUCGUGUUCGCCGUGCACUUCUACCGCUCGCUCGUGAGCCACAAGACGGACCGGCAGUUCCAGGAGCUCGAGGAGCUGUCCAACAUCACGCGCCUGCAGAACGAGUUGGACCACCGGGCGGAGGCCGCCACCCUGCAGCCCCCCGCCGCUCACUUCCCGUGACGACACGGGUGCGAGGAACCAUGUGGCCGCCCCCCCCCGCCCCCACCUUGAGCCA